AUGGUAGAUAAACAUGGCAUCCGACCAGACCCAGAUGCGGUAAAAGCAGUGUUGACUUGGAAGUCGCCAAAAACUGAGCAUCAGCUGAUGAGCUUUCUUGGUUACGCCAACUACUACAGAGAGUUCAUCAAGGGUUAUGCGGACAAAGUGCAUCCGAUGCAACAGCUCAUGAGGCAUAAGGGCAAGAAUUUUACGUGGAAUAACGCGGCGGAAGAAUCAAUUCAAAGAAUAAAAAGAGAAUUAUGUGAAGCACCUGUGCUAGGCAUGCCUACAGAGAAGGGAAUGUACGUACUGGACACAGUGGCAUCAGUAAUCGCGAUCUCUGGCAUACUCCAUCAAGAACAGGAGUGGAACAGGAAGACUGUCUUUAGACCAAUAGCCUACGGAAGCAAGUCUUGA